ACGCGGAUAAAGUAAUAAAAGUUGUGCCCUCCAUCAAUGCGGGCGAUGGUAGCUUUUUUCGUCCUCGAGCCUCCCCCUCGGAUAGCUGGGUGGGCUGAUGUCAACGGCCCGAAGAAUAACAAGGAAUCCUCUGAAGUAACGGAGGUCUAAGAUCCAACAACAGUCGCGUGCUUCCUCACUUCGUCUCCCAUCCACUACGUUUUGGUCUCACUAAUUGUUUCUGACGUCUCUUCUCCCUUCGUCUAUUACCCCAACGUCUGCGGAAUUGAUCGUUUCACCCUCCAGACUUGCUGAGCCAUCCCUCACCAUGUUUUGGGAUCGCAAGAAGGACGAACAGGUUGACGACACUGUUGGGCGGCCCUCGCGGCGGCGCAAGUUGAAUCCAGAAUUGCAGAAGCUUAUCAACCAAGAAGAAGAAUUCCUCGAUCAGCUUUAUGACGGCCGCUCUGCAGAUUCCAUCGAGACUCCUUAUCGUUACGCUGCGUACGCCACACGCAUCAAGACCCUUCUCCUUUCGGCACACCGUUAUGUCGCCUACACAUCCGACAUCGGUGAAUCCUUUCGGCCUGUAGCACACCCCUGGCUUGUACGAACUGCCUACGGUGUAUCUUGGGCCUAUAUCUUUGGAGAUGUUGCGAACGAAGGAUACAAGGCGUAUAUGCGGAACCAACGUAUCCUCAUCCCCAAAGACGAGGCAUACCGUUCCGCCGUCGCGACUCCCACUAGCCAAGACGUAGACUCACAUGUCAUUGCCAAGGAGGGUUUGCGGCAGCACGAAGCUUUAGUAAAGUACGGCAAAGUCACCUCCGAUCCUCAUUCAAUUUCUUGGAAUGAUCCUGAGGAGGAUACGUUGACGCCAUGGCCGACGAAGAGGAUUCCAUUGAGUGAAGAUUACAGAUCGAUUAUGGCCGAAAGAGCGGUGUUUCAAGGCCUUGCUAGUAUGGGCUUGCCGGCGUUUACCAUCCAUUCGGUUGUGAGAUAUUCUGGAAACGCGUUGAAGGGUGUAAAAUCCGCGUUCUUGAGGACAUGGGCUCCCAUUGGGCUCGGCUUAUCCAUCGUUCCCUUUCUACCAUAUGUCUUCGAUAAGCCAGUUGAAGAAGCGGUCUCUUGGUCUUUCCGCAAAGCUUUCCUAGCCAUCGGAGGCCCUGACGCAGUUCCCAAAAGUGAAAUUGAAGAUAGCUCUGUUUCCAGGGCCAUUGAGACCUUUGAAGAGAGACGGCAUCGCCGACGAGAAGAGCGAGAACGGAGACGUGCUGAAAGACAGGCUCUUCUCGAAAAUACGAAAGAAGAAUAAACUAGCCGAGUUUCUAAAGAACCCAAAAAGCACCUCUGAAAGUCAGUUUUUACUUUGUAACUAGCAUUUUCUUUCCUUUUUUGUUGUGCACAGGCUAGGUGAUCCUCACUUUUCCCUUUAUUACAUCAUGGAGUCUUUGUUUAUGGAGGACAAGUAUUUUAUAUGCAUCUUUGUCAUGCCACUUUGUGGUAUUUUGCUAUGACUCUAAACCCUGCUCUUUUCUGAAUACAUGUACUAGUAUAUAUAGCCUACAUAUCCAAGCGAGUGGAAUUUAC